AUGGUCAAUUCUUGUGGCUCUGUCUGCUCUGAGGAGGGCUGUGGCCAAGGCUGCUGCCAGCCCAGCUGCUGCCAGACCACCUGCUGCAGGACCACCUGCUGCCGCCCCAGCUGCUGUGUGUCCAGCUGUUGCAGGCCCAGCUGCUGCCAGUCUGUGUGCUGCCAGCCCACCUGCUGCCGUCCCAGCUGCUGCAUUUCUAGCUGCUGCAGGCCUUCCUGCUGCCGCCCCAGCUGCUGCAGACCCAGCUGCUGCAUCUCCAGCUGCUGCCAACCCACCUGCUGCCGCCCCAGCUGCUGCAUCUCCAGCUGCUGCCAACCCUCCUGUGGUGGUUCCAGCUGCUGCAGUCCUUGCUGCCAGCCCUGCUGCCGCCCCUGCUGCUGCCUGCGUCCAGUCUGUGGUCAGGUCUGCAGCCACAGCACUUGCUACCGCCCCACCUGUGUGAUCUCCACCUGCCCCCGCCCCAUGUGCUGCGCUACCCCUUGUUGCUGA